AUGGAUGAAUCAAUCAACACAGCUCUACUUGCAGCUGAUGAAUCUGAUGAUGGCAUUGAUGAACGACAUUGCAUGUAUAUUCUCAACGCCAUUCUUAGCGGUACCGCCAGACUCAACGUUCUUCUACCUAGUUUUACCAUUUUAGCCUUCACCAUCUUUGCACCCCUCCUCACAAAUGAUGGCAACUGCAGUAAUUUAGACAGAUGGUUAAUGGGCAGUUUCUGGGCACUUUGUUCAGUUUCCUGCAUCUUCUUCUCCAUAACUGAUAGCUUCAGAUCUGCAAAUGGGAGAUUACAUUAUGGGUUAGCAACCAUUAAUGGAAUAUGGACCUUCAAUGGAGGGAGAAAGAAACCCCUAAUUCCAUCAGAUUAUAAGCUGAGAUUGUCAGAUUUCUUCCACACUUUGCUGUCAAUGAUUGCAUUUCUGACUUUUGCUGCAUUACAUAAUGAUGUUCAGCAAUGUUAUUACCCUGCAAUUCCAAGAAAAGUGACUAAUACUGUUCCAUUGGUGGUUGGAUUUGUAGUAAGUGUUUUGUUUGUUGUGUUUCCUACUCGAAGAAGGGGUAUUGGCCACCCUUUCCUGUUACAGAAAGAUCCCUUGUAUUCACGACCUUGACACGAUUGAAAGAAAAUACAGUAGCAAACGAAAGGAGUAUCCUAUAUAGGGGUGAGCAGAAAUACUGCGUACCCGGACCCGGAACCGCAAAGGACCCACGAGUUCGAACCUGAAGCCAGUACCGGUGGUACGGGUUCCGUAUUUUAGGAACCAGUCAUAACCGGUUCUUGUUCCGGAUCUAGCUUUUUUAAGACCCGGUACCCGGUAAAUACCCAUUGGUACCGGUUCCGGAACCGGGUACCCGUUACCAAACGGACACAAAUAGUUCACAUAAUUAUGGAAUUGUGUGUAAUUUAUUAUUGGAUUAAUUUGGUGCCUGUGAUCGACUUUGUGAGCUAUAUUGUCGUAAAUAGGCAACUUAUAAAUUGCCAAGCUGAUAGUUUAUUAGAAAAAAGCAGAAGUACACAUUA